AUGAAUUCAUUGAAUGCAACUCAAACAGUUAUAAGUUCCUCUAGUUCCUCAUUACAAUCAACUGUAUUUGUAUCUGAUACACCUAUCACUCAGUUCACACCUUCGACUACAGAUAUUAAUCGUACAUUUCCCAGUUAUAAUAUUUUUGACAUUGCACAUUACACAAAUAAAUUAUUAAAGCAAAUAGAAGAAAUAGAAGAAGUGAAAUAGAAGAAAUUUUGAGCAAAAUUUGGGUCCCUGAAAUUAAUUACAAUUUUCCUAUCAAAAUAUCAGUAAUCGGUAAACAACAAAAAGUUUUGAAGUUAAAAUUUCAAUAUAAAUGGCUUAUUAACUCUCCCUGGUUGGCUUAUUCAGAAGUAAACAAUGGUGUGUAUUGCAAAUAUUGUUUUGCUUUUACUAAAAAUGAAGCCGGUGUUAAUAACCAAAAAUUGGGAGUAUUUGUAUUAAAAAAAUAUGAUGAUUGGAAACAUGCAUUGGAGACUUUAAAAAUCAUUCGAAUUUAGAAUAUCACAAAAAGAGUUUUACUAGAUGCCGAUAAUUUCUUAAAUAUGCUUAACAAUCCAACAAGGGCAAUCGAUAAAAUAAUUGACAACGAAAAAAACAAACAAAUAUUACAAAAUCGUAAAAAUAUUAUUUCAAUAAUUGAGGCAGUUAUUUUAUGCGGCCGUCAAAACUUGGCAUUAAGAGGACACCGCGAUUCAGGAAAAAUUGAAAUCAAUGACUUAAAAGUUAUGAAUGAAGAUAAUUUCAGAGAAAUUUUACGAUACCGAGCUCAAGGAGAUAUUGAAAUGAAAACCUAUUUGGAAAGCUCGGGAAAGAUGAAAUAUACUAGUCAUAGAAGUCAAAAUAAUAUGAUUGAUGGUUGUAACAAAAUUUUAUUGGACAAAGUUGUUUUUAGAGUAAAUACAGCAAAAUGUUUUUCAAUUCUUGCUGAUGAAACUGCGGAUAUUUCAGGAGUGGAACAGGUAUCGCUAUGUGUUAAAUAUAUCAACUCAAACACAUUAAAACUUACUGAAGAAUUUUUACAAUUUGUACCAACUAAUGCUAUGACUGGUAAAGGAAUAGCAAAUUUAAUCCUAGAAAAUCUUAAACAAUUUGGUAUCAAUACUCAAUAUUUACGCGGGCAAGGAUAUGACGGGGCAGCUGCAAUGGCCGGAAAAUUUAAUGGUGUCCAGGCUCACAUUAAAGAAAUUCACCCAAACUUGCCAUGA